GUUCAGUUUUGUACCUAGGAUUGAUAACACGGGUAGACACGGGUCGAACCAGUUGUCAUCGGUUUAUCGGUAUUCUAGACAGGCAAGGGUUGAGUCAUUUAGAAGGCAUUCGCCACGCGAUCAACGUCGAUAUUCCAGUUGUGUCGUUCGUAUUUCGAAUUUGCCAGUUCAGUACGGCAGACCAGUUUGUCGAUCAGUUCUUUUUCCUGGUCUGGAGCCUAACCUUCGUCUGAUUCAUCUCUUCGUACCGAAAAAAAAAAUUUGUCUUAAAGUGUUUGUGAAAAUAUUUGUCUGCCAGUAGUUGAUGAGUGUUGUUAUUUGUGCUGUUUCCUUGAGUCACCACCCCCACACACAUCUGGGAGCGGUGUAAGGUCAGUCAAGUGUGAGUUUGCGAAAAAAUCCCCCUGAAGAUACCGGUAUAUGUGUGGUUGUGGACCUGUCGAAAGCUCUCCCGAGAAGAGCACUACUGGCUAGAGAAGCGUAACAUCCAUCCAUACAUACAUACAUACAUACAUCCAUAGACACGAAGAGCUUUGCCGACAGCGUUGAGCUACGUGCUAUUGGUACUGCUGCUGCACUCCUUAGGCGUGGACCAUUCCGAACGUCAAAGUCUCGGUUUUUCGCGACUACCACCGCAGUGUGUUGAGUGUGUUUUCCGGCGAAAGUGUGUGACAAAAACGCCCCAGAAAAAAAGGUCGCAUUCCUAAAAUCGUCUCCGACGAGGAAGAAAGUUCAAGUGGAUGAAGUGAUGAAGUUCCUUUAGAAGUAGUGUUUUAAGUGUAACCAAAAAUAAAUAAAUAAAUAAGUGGAAGCUAAAAGUUGAAGUCAGCAUUCAAUCUCUGCAGCGAAGCUUCCUCCGGUUCCAGCCCGACACGAGUCAGACGAAUCCGCAAAGUAUUGUGGUUUUAGCAAACAGCGACGGGUGCUGGCGGUGGAAAGUUCAUCGACGGACGACGACGACGACGACGACAACAGUGACUGCACCGUUUGGUUAACCGUGAAAAUUGGAUUAUAUUACCUGCACCGGAUUCGACAGAUAUAAUUAAAACACGCACGCGGAACGAAACCACGGACCAGUUGUCGAUCUCUGGAUCUGGUUGAACGCUGACGGAGCCGGGACCCGGGACCGACACCGACGCCACACAAUCCAAGGCAGCACGACUGCAGCGCCUCGUAGCGCCUACCCUGGAGCACCACCGCCUGCACCGAGCACACUAAAGGGUGCCCAGCGACCCGCUAUGACUAGUCCAGCCGGCGGAAUCCCCGGUGGUCCAUACAGAGGAACAGGCUACGGGUACGCACCGACCCAGCAGGCUUACCGAUACACGGCCCCGCUGACGGCGCAACCGGCGUAUGCCCCCUACACACCACACACAACUACCACGGUAAGCUUACUGGCACCGUCGGAGACCACCCUUUAUAACACAAAACAUCAGUACGGCCAGCGUGUACCGACAGCAGCCUCGCCCAGCAACACCAACUCCAGCAGUUCAUCUAACACCGGCUCCCAGAGUGGCACACUGAGUACGAGCCUGAGUAAUACCAACACAAACAACACAAUGGGCCCCAGCAACACACCACAGCAGACGGAGCAGCUUUCCAAGACGAACCUCUACAUCCGCGGACUGCAGCAAGGCACGACCGAUAAGGAUCUGAUCAAUAUGUGUGCACAAUAUGGUACUAUCAUUUCCACCAAGGCAAUACUAGAUAAAACAACAAAUAAAUGUAAAGGUUACGGAUUUGUUGACUUUGAAUCACCGGCGUGCGCCGAGGGAGCCGUCAAAGGUCUCCAAGCGAAGGGCAUUCAAGCUCAGAUGGCCAAAGUGGGUAUCUGGGUGCUACAUAGGCCGGCCAUUCAGCAACAAGAACAGGAUCCUACCAAUCUGUACAUCGCCAAUCUACCACUUAACUAUAAGGAAACGGACGUCGAGAACUUGCUGUCCAAGUACGGCCAGGUGAUCUCGACUAGAAUACUGCGCGACCAGAAUGCACAGUCCAAGGGUGUCGGAUUCGCCCGGAUGGAAUCGCGAGAAAAGUGCGAACAGAUUAUUCAGAUCUUCAACGGUACUCAGCUACAGGGCGCCAAGGAACCACUACUGGUGAAGUUCGCCGACGGAGGCUCAAAAAAGAAAAAUCCCUUCAAGAGCCCGGAUCCGAAUGCGCGAACCUGGCGUGACGGAGCCGAGGGCAUCCCCGUGGCGUACGAUCCCAACAUGCAACAGAACGGUAUCGGUGUGAACGUGGGCGCCCAUAUCGGGAUGCCUUACGGACGCUUCGGCACCCCUCAAAUGGGGGGCUAUGCCGUACCGGGCUCCCAGUGGGGCUAUAUGAUGACGCAACCGAUUGCACAGGUUGAAGAUCAGCAGUAUGUGCAAAUGCAGGCACCGCAUCUUAGUGUUGGCACUCCUUACAAGACAGAUUCCGUUGCGCCUGUGCAGCCACGUGGCGUCUCGAUGAUCAUGUCAAGCGAUAACCCAGCGGCGGGUGUACCUUAUGGUAUGAUGCCGCAGCUCACAACGCUGCAGAUUGGAUCGUCGUAUAUUAGUCCGACGUAUCCUUACUACGCACCCACGCCGUCAAUCAUCCAUACGAUGCAGAUGGGCGACUCGGAGCAGGCCAGCACGGCGGCCUCCCCAGACGAUGCAUACACCACACAGUAUCAACAUGCUCCGAAGUAGAGAUCCGGAUCAGGGGCCCGCCAGAUCUAGGUCGUUUGUAGCCGCCAGUUGAAACAGUAGUCUCCAGUCAUUGCAAUCGUCGUCGUCGUCGUCGUCUUCGUCGCCGCCACCGCAGCCACCAUCACCACCACCAACAACAACAACAAAAAUAACAACAGCAGCAAAAGAAAGUCAUCGUUGUCGCCGUAUCAGCUGUUGGAUGCCAACAAUUGAAUAAUUUGUGUGUAAAAAAAAUCAAACAAAAUCAUAAACAGCAACAAACGACUACAAGUCGUAAGUUUACAAUUCUCCGAGCGAGAUAUUAUCAGAGUUUCGAGUAGGAGGGAAAUGCCAAACGCGGUUAAAAGAAAUUUACGAGAUUUGGGACAUUCGGAGUAAAGCCCAAAAGCAUAUAAGAAAACCAAUACCUCAUCCGAGACACGAGGAACACUGAUUUUUCCACAUGACUUGAAGGCAAAGUAAAAAAAACCCUUAUUCAAUGAAUUCCACAACUUGAACCGAACUUGAUGCGUGGGAAGAUCUAGAAGAUGCAGUGCGUAAGGAAUGAAAGGAUGUUUGUGUUGAAAGUUUGUACUUUUUUUUUUCUCCGCGAACCAAAUUGUGACUUUAAAGUUUAUUAUGCCCCAAAACCAUCAUCACCAGGAGUGAUGAGGAUUGGUUAUUGACUGUUACUUUUUAGGAUUGUGCCCCGUUUUCUGUAACCGAUCAGAAAUAAACACUGUUGUUGACGUACGAGAAGCGAAGUUUGGAGCAAGUUUCUACUGAAACCGGUCGGCCGGAUAGAGACGAGUCCCUAUUUUGUUUGUUAAGUUUUUUUCUGUUUACAGUUUUUUUAUUAUUAUUUCUGAUAGCAAUUUUUUUUUGUUUCCAAACCUUAUUUAUUUCACCAUCUCUGCGACUGCAGAGAGACACGUCUGUUGAGAGAAGUAAGAACUCGAAAUAAAACGAGAAGUACUGACUAUAUUUCGAAAUGAAAACCGAGGCAGAACGAAAUGUCUCUUUAAAAACAGGCGAGAAACCAAAAAAAACCUGAUGUAUCGAAAGAAAACAUGCAUACGAACUUCUUUGCAGAAGUGUUUUUGAGAUAGGAAGAAAAACUAGUGAGCCGACUGAUUGGGCAGUGUGCGAUCAUGGAAUGAGCCUGCCAAUUAGUCAAUGUACUUUUCUUUGACGUAGGUCGGUGUUUUCACCUUACUACCGGAACAGAAAUUACACAAUGAUUCCCAUUUUUACCUAGCUUGACUCAGCUAGACUCGAUCGAAAAUGAAAUCUAGAGAGAGAAUGAGAAAGAGAGAGAGAGAGAGUGAGACAGACAGAACAUAAAGAGCGAGCAAGGAAAGAAUGAGAUAAAAAAAAUAAAGUGAGAGUCACUGCUUAGGUUAAUUUUUUAAUUUAUUUUUGUCCGAUAAGAAAGCAAAUUGAUUUGAGGAUUGAUUUUCGCUAACUGUGCAUGCAAGCAAAGAAAGAAAGUGAGAAAGAGAGAAAAAGAGAGCUAAGAGGGAGCAGAAUUACAUAGGAAAGCUAGUUCAUAAUUUUAGUUUUUAGUUUUUAGAUAGAUCGAUUUGAAAAUUUACAAUUUAGGAGAACACAUUUGCAUGAGAAGAGUCGAUAAAAGAACGAAAGAAAAGAAAAAUAGAUAUGACGAAAGAGAAUAAUAACACUGGGAUGAUAAGACCAAGUUUUCCCACGAAAGGAGAAAUACGAGAAAAAUGAAAAAAAGCGUAGGUCGUUUUAUCAAAUCUGAGAAGAUAAUGAUUUUUUUGAAUUAGUUAUAUUUUUUGUAGUGUUUAAGCGAAAACAGAACUAGGAUGGGAAAUUUAAAAAAAGCGAUAUGUUCGCGAUCACGAUUGCGUCUAUUUGUUUUGCAGAAUGGCAGUAAAGCUAGCAAAAAGUGGAAAGAAAGAAAUGAUUUUGUUUCUUUUUUUUUUUGAGGUGUGAACUUUAGCGUAAGAAAAAAAAAGAGAAGAUUUUGGAAGGCGAUUUAAAUUGAAUAAAAUGAGCUCGGUGAUGGUGCAGAGCGGAGAAAACUUUGCACCCGCCGAAGUGAAACGAGGAAGCAAAAAAUAUCGGCGUUACGAUUAAUUUAUUUUUAAUUACUAAUCGAUAAGGUACUCAAGAGAAAUUAGGACGGAAAACAUUUUCUGGCCUUUCUCGAAUUCCACCGGGAAUGUCAUCACCUUUUCCAUGCGGCGGAUGUGAAAGAAAAAAAAGUCCCAGAUUCCGUUUUGUUUUUUGGUUAGAGAAGGGUGGUGGACAGGCGCGUACCCAGAAAAAAAUUUCGGGGGGUGUUUCAGAACAUGUUGAUCAAUUUCCAUACAAAUGGAACUUUUUAUAUAAUUAUUUGAAAUUUUUUUAUUGUGGAGUCGUUUGUUGAAAAUUAUUCAUUUUAUUUUUUACUUAUUUGAAAAAAAGAGUUUACAUAAUAUCAUACUUUUUUGAGUUUCGGAGGGGGUUUGAACCCCUAAAACACCCCCCUGUAUACGCGCCUGGUGGUGGACAAUGUAAUGGCGAAUGGCGAAAUUGGUGCCAUGAUGAUAUAAAUCAAGCAACCACAGAACAGGGAAAGUGUAAGUAAAUUUCUCCCUUCUUCGACGAGAAAAGUUUUACCACGUGGGACUAAGGAUUAGUCAGUUGACUGUUUGAUCAUUGGAACCCCGGUCGCUCUUGGCAAUUGUGCUUUACUCUUGCGUUUGAAUGAUUUAGAGAAAAAGUUUUUUGAAAAUUUUUCAAGUUUUCACCGAAAAUAAGGUAUCACAAUUUUUGGGAAACAAAUUCUAGAAAAUCUGCUUUUUCUCUAGGUAAUAAAUCGCACAAGAUUCCUAAGCCGUGCGAUGGCGUUACUGAACUAAAGAUUGGUUUCGCUCCAAGCUGACAGGGUCUGGUACCGCUUUCAUUGAUACAAACUAUUUAGAGUUACAUAAAUUUUUGGGAAACCGUUUUUUGCUCAUUCGAAAAAGUGUACUUGAUUUUCUGAUGGAAAAACUUUCGAGUGAAUUCAGUAUUCAGGAACGUGUUGAUCACAAGUUCAUUAGUUCUGAUAUUUUGUAAAUUCUAAUUAGGUUUUACACGAUGACGACACCAAUGAACUGUGGAUGAAUCAAAUUCAUCUUUGACAUCUAUCGGUAGUUUGUUUUCACUGUAAUGACCAGGAACACAAGGGAAUGAUAUGAGAAAUAACAAGGAACAGAAUGGAAUUGUACGGAAUGAACAUGUAAACGAACCACUGAUAGUUGUCAAACGAUGUUCACCCAGCUCAUUUAGUGAGGUUAUUCUAUUUUCGCAAAACCUAAUAGGACAAACGUCAUUGGACGGCUACCAGUAAUUUGUCUUCAUGUUUAUGACGAUUUGAACGCGUGUAAUUGAGUAUUAGGUUUUUUACCGUCACUGCUAACCUCCAUUGUUUUGACUUGGCGCUACAUAAGACAAAGUCCGAGAAGGCAGUGCGACUGAAUUUCGAAUGAUGAACGCUUGUUCAUUUGUGCUGUCACGAUUAAAAACCUAACCUAAACAAACCACUGAUUACCUAGGACAGGACCAGACAACUGGCUUCUUUUUCCAAAAAAAUAUUUCUCUUAUUCCGGUUGCUCCCUGCUGUAAAUAAUAAAUGCCUCGCGAUCACUGUUGCCAGUAGAGAUAAUUAUUCAUUCUGAAAACUUUCUCCCCUUAUAACAUGCAAUUGUUUAUCAUUUGAAAACACUUAGACAAAUGUUAUAUCGGUCAAAAAUAUAGCUCUGGAUUCAUUUUGAUCAGGUGUUUGUUUUGAAGAAAACGUUUAGUUGAAACAGCUUAAUAAAAUUUUUCAAAAACACUCAAUUUUGGGUAAUUAAUUCUUGCAGCUUUAUUAACUAAAGUAUUCAACAUAUUCUAUUUGAGAAAAAUAAUAACAUACAGAAGUAUCCAAAGAUUCGGUGCUAUUCUCAACCAACAUAAUCAAUAUUCUCGUCCAUAUCACACUUCGUGAUUUCAGGCUUUCUCUUUGUAUCACAUUCAGUGAUUGUUAAAUGUACUCGUAAACUUUCCGCAUUGACAGGACUUAAAAACAAAUUGAACUUAAAUCCUAUUGAAAUUAAUAAUUUUGAAAAGAUGGCCCGAAAAAUAAAAUAUCCAAUAUCAAUCUACAUUGUUACCGACGAUACUGACAACACUUUUUCUACCACCCUGCAGUAAUAUUGAUUUCAACAACUUGUACUUGCUUAUGUCAAUUUCAACCAAUCACGAGCUGGUCCGAAAUUGGUCCUAAAAGUGGAUUAACAAUUGUCAGGUCCUGUCCUAGCUGUUUACUACCAAACUUUUUUCAUCACGAGUUCAUUCAAGUUGUCAUCUUGUAAAACCUAAUUAAGUGCGAUAAUGACAUAAAUUAACUGCCAAUAAAUCAAACUCUUCUUUGACAACUAUCGGUUGUUUGGUAGCACGGGAAUGCAGUGGACUGACGAGAAACACAAUGAAAUACUAAGGAACACCGUUGAAUAUGUAAACAUAACCCUGAUAACUCAUUGAUGUUCAUCCUGCUCAUUUUAUUAGGUUAUGUCUAUGAGUAAAACCUUCUGAACUCGAAAUGAAAGAAAGUUAAUGAUUGACAUUUAUAGUUGAUUUGCUUACAUUUUCAAUUGAAUUUAAACUCAAAUGAAAAGGUACACAAAUUGCAGUUUUUCGGUGGAUUUUUUUAUAACAAGAAAACCUUGAGAAAUAAACAAAUUUGAGUUCUGGUUCCAUCCGGAUACAAAUCAAUGUAAAUUAAUUAUCAACGAGGAGUCCCGAUAUGUUUUGAGAUAAACAAGAGUUGUUAUUAAAAAUGGCCCUAUUACCCAGCACGAUUGAAAUCGUUAAACUAUCGAAACACGGUUCCUCCCCCUAUGGUGCUUAAUCACCAACAGUUGAGGCAUGGUACGAAUCUUUUUUCUGCAAUAAUUUCUGAUUCCGUCGAACCGAGUAUUGCUACUUACUAGAAAUGGCACAAGUCGACCCGAAUGACGAAGUGUUCUGAGCAUGCUUUGCAUUUAAAACACUCAGCUAUACACUCUUAGCAGCCGCUACCUAAUUUUGGGUUAAAACCUACCCAAUAUAAACUAAAGUGCAUCUCCCCAAAUUUAGGUAACGAGUGAUGACCUCAAAAUUUAGGUAAAUGUAAGUUUACUCAAAAUGUUAUUCCAUAACAAAGCACGCUACCCAUUUUUUACGAUUAAGUCAAAGUUUGAGUAGAUAACGACCUAAUUUUGGGUAGCUUAUAGAAUUGCUCGAUAAUGAGUGAUUUUUCCUCAAACAAUAGGUAAAAAUGAUUUUCAGUGUAGGAUGCUAUUUGACGUUUAGAAAUAAGUGUUGCCAUAUUCCAACGCUAAUUGAGGUAACUAUACUAUAUGGAAUAAGUUCAAUAAUUUGGUCCUACUAAGAAUCAAAAAUCGGUCCCAAACAACUGUUUUUUUCUUUUACAUUAAGCUAAUAAAUGAGCAAUGAGAGUAAUCAAUGAAAAAUCUAUAUUUCUUGUAAGUUUGCUUUCGUCAGUCUCGCCUUAUUGAUUGUGUCACGAGACGAGCUUGUGUCAGUAUUGAUUCAAUACAAACCGUGUGCAGUACUGUGGCCGGGCAGUUUCAUAGCGUUGCGUUCGUUCGCUGGACACCAGCUAGAAGCCCAGUUGGGAAAUUUGUUCUGUCAGCAUCGAUUUUCAGCGGACAAUUCAGUUCUUUUUGAAACAAGAAAUUGAUCCCAAAGAAAUUUUCAAUAUUGAAGCGAAUGAAACAAACGCAUCUACAUCAGAACAAACGAUGGAGAAAUUUUGUUUUUUUUUGUAUUUUUGCAUUUGUUAGUUCCGUUGGAACUGUAAUGGAAAUGUGGUAGUUUUAUUCACAUUCACGCUUUCCAGAAUGUCUGACAUUUUCCAUCCGCCUUUUAUCGCACGCUUGGAUCGAAUUACUGAAGCGUAGAAACAAUUUUCUUUAAGAACUGUCAAAUAAAAUUAAACUUUUAGUCUUUUCUUUCAAUUAUCAUCUAUAUGAGAAAUAGUUUGAGCGUGUCGUUUUGUGUUAAAAUCUGGAUUCAUAACAAUGUGGCUCAGGCAGCAUGUUCCCCAUUACCAGCAGAGUUAUGUUCUUAAACAUUUCUCGGAUUUAUUUUCUGUCAACUCGUCAAUAUUACUAAUGCCAUUGAAAAAAAUCAAACCGGACUAAAAAAAAAAUAAAACGCAAUUGAAAGUAACAACGUAAGUGUCUUUCCUUUUUCUAUUAAACCUAAUGAAGGUAAUUAUCAAUUUAUUUGUUUAUUUUUCUCAUCUCAAUAUUUUCACCUUAUUUUUCCUUAUAGUUUAUUUUCACCAACGCACAUCCUCGUUCCUUCGCAAGCUCCACAAUUGAUUCUUCCGGAAACAUAAUCAGCAUCAAACCAGCAUAUGUCAGUCUCGAUGUGGUAUCCUAUGAUCAGAAAAGCAAGUAAACAAACAAGCGAACAAAAACGCAGCCUAGAAGGACUAACAUAAAAAUUGUGCCUUUUUCACAAUUUUUUGUAACAUGCCACACUUUUUCCUAAUGCGUGUGUAUGUCUAAUGCUAGCAGCUGUGCAGCAGCACUUGUUAUCAGUCUAAUCAGUCUAAUACUAGCAGCAGUGCAACACAUCUUGUCAGUUUCGUACGCAACAGUAAAACUCUGAACCCGCGUUUUUUGAAAACAACCGGAAGAUGUCUAUUUAGAGAGAUGAAACCAAACAACACGAAAACAUUAAAAUCAAAGUGCUAUGGUGUAUGUAAUAUGCGAAUACACAGAAUGACAAACAGUAACAAAGAUUCAAGCAAAACAACUAACAAAGAGAAAAGAACAACCAACUCAAUUUUUCUACACAAAUAUUUUUGAAAAUCCCCUUUUGUCGAAUUGUUAUCGCAAACGAAUGAAAUUCGUGCGCAGGAAAGAGGAAAACGAAAACAUAACACGCAAGUAACUAAGACAAAUAUGUAUGUGUGUGAAAACUGUUAUUUUCACCUCGUCAAAAAUCUAAAUAAAAAAUAUUAGAAAAACGAAUCAUGCCAGUGUUAAAGCAGCAGCAACUACAACAAAACCAACAACAACAACAACAACAACAAAAACAACAUCAACAUCAAUGAUAAUACAAAUCAAGAUGAUAUAUUUUCCAAGCCAAUGUCAACAUGUCAGCUCGAUGACUGCCUCGGAUGUUCUCGAGCACUCGGGACGCUGUGCUUCAAUACGUACAGAGAAAGAGAAAGAGAGAGUUUGUCCAGUACAGCAAAGCUGAUCUGUUCAGUAGGUUUUAUACGUAAACUCGGAAUGCGAGAUAGCAGCAGUCUCUACAAAAAAAGAUAGUAACAAAUGUCAUCGCCUGAGCGAUGGUAGCCCUAUUUCCUAGAUUCUUGUACAAUUGAAACACUUGAUUCUGUCCCACCCAUCCAACUCUGAUGCCGUAGAACGCUAAAUAAUUGAGAGCUUUUUUCUGUAUCGAAAAACGGUGAAGUGCCGCGAGAAGACGGAAUUCGUUGACUUCAGUAAUGUUACCCAGUGUCCGCGCGGUUGACGGUGCGUACUAAUAGUAAUAAUCAAGCGAAUUAUCGAUUAUUUAUUGCAUAUAUACACAAUAUAGGACGAUUAUUGUUUUAGAACAUAAAGGAUUUAAAAACGGAAAAGAAGGAAAACCGCUAUGUGAUAGUAUUUCCAAUCUGUGAUACGAAUAUUAUUUUUUGUUUGUUUAUUCGAAGGAAAGAGAAAAUCAUCAAUAUUGUAUUGUAUAGCUUAUUUAUCGACAAACAAAUGGAGUAUUCAUAAGGUGUACUAAUCCACUAAUACGCUCUAGUCCACGAAUCACACUCUCACUAAUAUCGUUUUUUGCUAGCCUCUCUUGGAGACUUGUUUGAUACAGUGUAAUAUAUCUACUUAUUGAACGCAGAACGUAACAAUUUUUUCAAAGGUGUGUCGUAUCGCUCACUGUUCUCUCGAUUUUUAAGGACGAUUUUUAAGCGUAAGUAACGUAAUAUUCAAAUUAUAUAACAAACUAAAGGGUUUGGUACGCACUGUCUGCGCAGAAAUCAGAAAAUUCCGUCUUUUCGAAACAUGCUCCGCUGUUCGUACUAUUCAGUUGGCAUCAUUAAACCGUCGUUGUGGAGAAACCAUCUUUGUUCAGGACACCUUUUUGUAGUAGGAAGAAGAUGUAAUCGCCAAACUUUACUGACAACAACAAGAGCACUUUUGUCUGAAUGUCAUUGAUUUACAACCUGUACUAAAACACUGCUGAAUCUAUAAAAAAAACACAUACAACAAACACACACACACAAAACUAUUAACUAAAGAAAAACAAGACAACUUGAGAAUCUUCCAUCUUCGAAAACACUUAACAAGAACACUAUUAAGAAAAGUAUACAAUAAAUAACUUUAUCGGAAAUAAAUAUAAAAAUGAAAAGUUAUGAGAAAUGAUUAACAAAUGACUGAACAUAUAUUAAAACACAAAAGGCGCAAAUAUAAACAAAAAACAGAACACUAAUUGUUGAAGUUGUAAGAAGAAAAAAAUGUCUGAUGGUGCGAUACCACUCUGGUCAUCACUAAAAUUUUAAGCUAUAUUUUCUUAUUUAUCACAAAGAGGAAAUCUAGAACCCAAUCAGAUUAGUGAUGAUGGAUAAGCAGAGCAAGAGACAACAAAUCAGACUAUUUUUACUUAUACAUUUAGUACGGCAAAAAAAUGAACUCACUGAGAAACGAAGCAGAGCAAAUGAAAGAAAAAAACAUACGACUGUAUCCUUAUACACACAUACAUUCGCAAACGAAACUAACUACAUCCAAACACACAUUUACCCACUGCGGAGAAGUUUUAAAUUUUAUUUAGCAUGGGAGAACCACGCGGAUGACUUUUUUCGCGCGUACUUAGAAGAAACCUCUAGUGAAAGACGGCAACAAAUGCAAAAAAAAUAUACAACAACAAAAAACAAAAAUCCACAAAUUGAAUCAAAAACCAUUAUAGAGUGGCACGGUUUCGCACGAGACUUUUUUUGGAACCAUUUACCUUUUAUCCCAGCAGAAUGUUUAGAACCUAUAGGGCAAACGAGCAAGAAUAUUUGCAAAUUUCACGUAUUUUUUUCUCGGAUGGCAGAAAAUGAGACACAAAUCAACAGUGCAAAACCAUUGAGCGCAACAAAAAAAAUAAAUACGUAUAUUCAUCGGCAGGCUUAUUUUUGCUGAAUUUGUUACAUUAGAACUGUUUCGUAUCGCAUCGUUUCAUAACAGGAUACCAAGACAGCAAUCCGCAUGCUACGAAACACGGUGUGGUAUCCGGAUACUGCAUUUCUUUGGCGUUGAGGGCGUUUGUUGUGCAUGUUUCCAACACCGAGUAGCAUCUGGACUCUGAAACUAGCAUCACAGCUCUUCCAUACUGCAUUGAUCCAUGAGUGUAAACUUUUGAAGCUAUAGCUCAGGUAUCUCGUAUUGGUUUUUGCCAAAAAAUUUCAAACGUGGAAUAACCUUAAUUUCCUUUUCAAUAUUUUUUUUUUGUCGACGAAAGGAACUUAUCUAACAACUUUGGAUAUCGAUUGCUUUCGUAUAGUUACAAAAUUUCGCAAGUGUUUUAAAUAAUUGGUUUUGCAAGUUGAUAAAAUAAAGUAAAAAAAAAAUGUAGAUGAAAUGGAAACGUAGGAAAAAUCGUAGAAGUAGAAUAGGAUGAUGAAAAUGGAGAAAACCAGAGGAUUAGUAGCUGAAAUGAAAAGUAGCUAUAGGCUUAAGAAAAAAAAAACAACUAGCUUAUAAGAAAACAAACCACAGACACACUAAGCGUAAGUGGAACGUAAGAAGGGAAAUAGGAAUAAAACAAAUGAAAAGAUUUUUGAUAGUGUGUAAGAAAAUAUUUAGGAUAAAAAAUUGUUUAGACUAGAGAAGCUGAAAGAGACCGAGAAGAAUCCGGCAAAAUUGUGUUCCCUUUAAAAAUCUUUUCGUUUAAUGAAUUUCGACCGAUAAUAAAUAAUUGAAACUUGAAAUGAAGUAAACACAGACACAAACACACUGAUUCCUACACUGAACGAAAACAAUGUAUGCUAAAUCUUCCAUUUGUUUAUGUGAAACUAAUUCAAAUUCUGUCAGGCACUCAUUUGUGAAACAUGUUUUAAGUUCACACUUGAGAAAAAAUCGCGUGCGGGGCUUCCACCUUCGUUUACAAGUUCGGUUUCCAAUUCGUCUCAUUUUGCACAAUAAAAAAAUAUUUUUUUGUAUGACACUACUCCUAUCCUCUCGGGGUGAAUAAUGAAUCGCAAAUCGGACGCGUAUUAACUAAGGGGCUGUUCAAUCACACAAUUCCGUUUGUGGUCGUUUCAGUUUUCUUUUUUCAAUUGAAAAAAAGUAGUUAAAAUUGAAAGCGAUUACACGAGAUGAAGAAAAAAAAACACACACACACUUAAUUGAUCGACUACAGAGAAAGAUUGACGCUUGAAGACGGAUUGAUUUUUAGGGUUAAUGAUGUUAAAUGAAAUUAGGAUUAAAAUGAAGAAAAAAUAGAUGAAAAAGAUUUUUAGGAUUAAGUGAGUAAACCCUGAACAGUAAAAAUACAAAAAAAAACUAAAAACUAAAAGGUUUACAAAAAUGAAAAUAGCGAUGAGUAGAAGAACGAAAUAAAUAGCGAAAAUGAUUGCGAAAAAUGUCGAAAUGAAAAAAAAAACAGAAAAUACUUUUAAGUGACAGAAAAAAGAGGAAAAAACUCUUUAGCUUAUAAGUGAAAUGAAAGAAACCCUAGUUUCUAAGGCAAACCAAUGAAGGAAAACCAACUGCAGAAAAUAAAAAGCGAUGAGAA